GAGUUUGUGUGUUUUGCGCGUGGCUGGUGUGUUUGUGCGUGGGAGAGUGGUUAAAGAAGGGUGUGUGUUUAUGGGAAAGAGAGAGAGAGAGAGAGAGAGAGAGAGAGAGAGUGUGUCUGUCUGUCUGUGUGUGUGUGUGUGUGUGUGUUUACACAGACGGGAAUACUGCGCCAAAGGAAGUGCGCCGGUUCUCCGUCUUCGCGUUCCGACUUCCUGCUCUGAGGCAGGAGAGAGAAAAGCUGCGGAUCCGCUUUCAGACAGCAGCAGGAGCAUGGAGCCCCUACACAACACACACACACCGCUAUAAGACACAAACAUACACACACAGGCAGACGGGUAGAGGAGCAGCGGCCGUCCACAGCAGGAUCGCCUGCGUCUCUGGUGUCACCCCGUCAUGGAGAGUUCCAUCACACUCUGGCAGUUCCUGCUGCAGCUGCUACUCGACAAAAGCCACAAACAUCUCAUCUGCUGGACGUCCAACGACGGCGAGUUCAAGCUGCUCAAGUCAGAAGAAGUGGCCAAGCUGUGGGGGCUGCGCAAGAACAAGACCAACAUGAACUAUGACAAGCUGAGCAGAGCUCUGCGCUACUACUAUGACAAAAACAUCAUCAAGAAGGUGAUCGGCCAGAAGUUCGUCUACAAGUUUGUGUCGUCCCCCGAGAUUCUGAUGAUGGACCCUGCGCUGGUGGAGUCAGGCCGCAGCGGCGAGGAAAGUGGGGGUGCGACGUCAGAGCCUGAGGCUGAAGACGAGGAUGGGGGUGGGAGAAACCAAUACCUUCACUCCAGCCUGUACUCCUCCUUCACCGUCAGCUCCCCGCAGCACUCCUUGGAACCGCAUCGGCCGAUCAAGACGGAGCCCAGAUCCGAUCACCACGGCGACAGCUCCUCUGUCAUCCGAUUCGUAACCAACCGCGGCCACUCCUCGCUAUCCCCCACCCCGCCACCAUCCUCGGCCGACACCUCCGAUUCCUCCAGAUCGUCUCCUCGGCAGGCCCGCUCUUCCUCCUGCUCCUCCUCCCCGCCGCUGAGCCCCGCCCACACACUUUGGAGGGGGCGGAGCCAGAGCACAGAGACUAAUGCGUUAGAGCAGAGCGCUCAGCCUCUAAACCUGUCAUCGGGUCACAGGGAGAGAGAGAGGUCACAGGGCACGCCGAUGCCAGAGAGGAGGAGAUUGGCCAAUAGUGUGCCUUUAAAAAGCAGAAAACCCAAAGGCUUGGAAAUCUCCGCUUCCUCUCUCCUCCUGACAGGAAGUGACCUCGUCUCCAGAGCACUCAACAGCCCGGCGCUGCCUUCAGGCUCCCUGACCGCUGCCUUCCUCACCACACAGACUCCGUCUGGUCUGCUGCUCACUCCCAGUCCUCUACUCUCCAAUAUCCAUUUCUGGUCCAACCUGAGUCCAGUGGGACCACUUAGCCCUGCACAACUGCAGAGCCAUGCCCCCCUCUUUCAGUUCCCCUCACUGCUGAAUGGAGUCAUCCCUGUGCCUUUCCCCAGCAUGGACGCUCCCUCUCCUCUGCUGCUCUCCCCAAGCUCCCACAAGUCCUGAUCCCUGAGCUUCAAGAGCAAACUAGGCCAAACCGGGCCGGAUCAGCACAGACCAGUACCGAGCCAAUCUGCUUUAGACUUUGAUCUGAAACCUGUUUCUUUGAAUUUACAAAUGAAGAAACAGGAGCUUUACUCUGAAGAUUUGCUCUCUGAGAAGAGUAUUUGCGUUAAACAUUUCAUGUCCUUUACAUUUGUUUCUUCAUCAUCAUGCAAAGAAAUUGACUGGAGGUCAGACCUCAUCACGUUUCUUAUCUUAUUUUAUAUCUCAUCUCAUUCCACUUGGUUCAAAGUUCAGUGAUACAUCCCAGUUGCAAUUUCAUUAAUGUUAGUGCUAUUUUUCGCCUCUGCUCUGGCUAAUGCCAAUAUCCACACCACUGACUCAAAUAACGGAGAUCUGGAGAAAUCCUUGUCAGGAAUUAUAAAAUAAGAACUCAAGAAUGACAGAUGCUUAAUUACAGCUCAUUUAAGUAAAUACAUGUUCACCAUGCUACUGUACAGUUAAAGGAAAUACAAUAAUUUGCUUUCCUACUAAGAGUUACACGCAAUUUCCACCAACUGCGGAUCCGCUCCGGAACCGUGGCGGAGUCAAUAGGUUUCUAUUAAAGUCAAUGUGUGUAUUUCACUGACUGCAGAUAUGCAGAGUUUCUAUUUUUGACUGUUGCCGGAGAGCUCUGCAGCAAUUCAGCACAGGGCAGAUUGUGCGGGACAAUAAUGGCAGAGACUGGCCUGAAGUCAGCACAGAGUUGUUUCCCCUCUACUCCUCUGGAUGGAAACAAACUGUUGUUGGUUUUGUGGUUCUGUUUAUAGAAACUACAUCCUGAUUAAUAUGUGAAUUCGCAAGAUCUCGUGGGUCCUCGUGACUUCAGCUGUCAGUCAUGGACGCAGCCGUUCCGCAACAAAUACGGACCUGGUGGGUAUUGAAGAACGGCAGAGCACGGAGCCGACACGCAGCCGUUCCGCAGUUGGUGAACAUUGCGGUUAGCGUUAGACGAGAAAAUUGACACUCCUCUCUCUCAUGAUUGUAGGCUCAAUAUGAAGCUAUAUCCAGGAGACGGUUAGCUAUGAUAAGGACUGGAAGCACAGAAACCUUACUCUGUCCAAAGGUGACUACUAGCUAGCAGCUUACUAAUUAACACAUUAACCUUAUAGAAAUUAAAAAAAAAAUGACAAUUUGUAGUUUUAUAGGGGACUGAAGGUAGAACCCAGGAGAAAUAGUUUGGCACAAAACCUCCGUAAAACCAUUUUUACACUUUGGUUUUUGUACAGAUUAAACAAACACCAACAAUAAUUUCUUUAUUUGUGAGCUGAGGUAAGGCGGACUUCGAUAACUUUGGGCAGAGCCAGGCUGGCUGUUUCAAGUCUUUAUGCUAAGCUAACCAGCGUCUGGCUGUAAAUACAUAUAUAACUGACAAAUAUAAAUAGUGAUGUAAAUCUUCUCAUCUUACACUCAGCAAGAAAGCCCAUUCCAAAAAUGUCAAAUUUUUCCUUUAAAUUUGGACAUAAAAUGGGGCCAUAACUGGAUGAUUAAACACCAUAGCCAUGAAAGAUAUUAAGUAGUGGGUGAUUGUAUUUUUCCCCCCGUGCUGAGCCUUCCUUUAAAUUAACAAAAUCUUCAAUGUGAACAAUUUUGGGGUGUUACAACAGUCAACCAACGGCUGUGUCUCAUUUAUCAACCUUUUUAGGUGUUAAGUACGACGAUUGACAUGGUGUCUCAUGAUCAGUUUUUAUGUUUUUUAACAACUUGAUAUACAUUUGUAUAUCAAGAUCUGAAUUGUUUGUGUUGCCAUGAGAUGAAUCCCUCACUGACUCCUAGCAGAGCACCUGCUAGCCAGUGCGCUAAAACACUGUGGAAGUCUUCAUUUUGUAUUCUGCAUUGCUUUGACUUGACGCUGUGAACUUAUCUGUAUAGUUUCAUGCUUUUUGGUUGUGUUUUAAAUGCACUGUACUUCUUAGCCUUGUACCAGCUGUGCCUUUAAUAUUGUAAGACUUGUGUAAAUGUAUUAUGUAUUAAGCUUUAAACCAGGUUUAAUAGACAUUCCAGGUCAAAAUUGCACAAAAGCUUUUAUUUUGUAAAAUGUCUCUUUUUAUACAGAAAUUAAUGGAAAUGUAUUCUCUGCAAUUUGCUUGUGUUUUGUUGAGAGAUAUUUUAGUUGGUUUUUUUUGGAAUAAAGUGAAUUACUAUAUUCAUUUUAGUUGGUAA